AUGGCAGGCAACGGAUCAGGCUCAUUAUAUAUUCGGGAGACGGACGCAGAAUUCGGGAAGUUUGAGUACUGUCGCUAUGCCCCUCACGUUCGUACAUGUAAACCGCACUCCGAUGGAAUUUCGUCGUUCGAGAACCUCUUGAAAAACGUGAUUCUACGAGUUUUUGUAUGGACGAUAGGAAUCAUCACCAGCGUGGGUAAUCUAGGUGUACUGGUCAGCCGUGCUUUCAUGAAGGCAGAAAAUAAAGUCCAUACGGUCGUCGUCAUAAAUCUAUGCACUGCAGAUUUUCUGAUGGGUCUUUAUCUGCUCAUCAUCGGGACACAUGACGUCAGGUAUCGGGACAACUACAAUCAAUAUGCACUGGAAUGGACCAACAGUAUUACCUGCAAGGUGUCGGGACUCUUAGGCAUGGUGUCCAGUGAGGUCUCAGUCCUGACUCUCAUGUUCAUAUCUCUGGAACGCUACUUCAUCAUAGUAUACCCGUACAGCUUUCAAAGAAUCAAAGCAAGACGAGCUAUUCUAGUUUUAAUCUUCAUCUGGAUCAUCGGGACUAUUCUUGCUGUAUUACCCAUAAUUCCUGUGGCGUAUUUCGGGAACUUUUACGGGAGUAAUGGUGUUUGUUUUCCGCUUCAUCUUCAUGAACCCAAAAUGAAGGGCUGGGAAUAUUCUGCCUUUGUGUUCCUGGGGAUCAACACAACUGCCUUUGUUGUGAUCGUUGUCUCGUAUACCGGUAUGUUUCUUAGCAUACGGAGGACAAGAAGAGCAGCGGCUCAGUGUGGAAUGAAAGGAGACAUGGCGUACGCUAAGCGUUUCUUCUUCAUCAUUCUCACCGACUCCCUGUGCUGGCUGCCCAUUGCAAUCCUUAAAGUGGUGUCCCUCAGUGAUUUUGUUAUUUCCGGUAAGUAA